AUGUCACAAGGUUUCCUCGUUUCCAUUGUCCGUAUCAGAAAAAAACUGUUUCUUGAUCAUAUGUUUGAUUUGUUAGGUAAAAUUUUAAUUCCAGAACAGAGACGUAAGGCUAUACCGCGGUUACUGUGGGGAAUUUGGAAAAGCCGGAACUCUACUAUCUUCUCUGCUAGAAACAAUGAUCAUAACAUACUUAUUGCCUCAGCUCUGGAAGACUCUGAGGUUUGGUUUCAUCAACAGAGUGUAAUGAUACAAGAUACACAAGGCGUUGAGUGUAAGAGCAAUCGUUUGGAUACACGGUGGUUCAAACCUGUUCUUGGUCGACUCAAAUGUAAUCUCAAUGCUUCGUGGGUGAAGGAUUCUUUUUUCUGUGGAGGUGCUUGGAUCAUAAGGAAUCAUGAAGGCAAUGCUUUAUUUCACACAAGGGAUGCUUUCGUUCCGCAUAUCAAUAGAAUCUCGGCUGAGCUUUCCUGCAUUUUGUGGUGCCUUCGGAGUUUAAAAGAUCUUCAUAUAUUGUCUUGUGAAGUUUGGAGAGAUUGCAACGCGGUUUUAGCGGCUUUGGAGUCACCAUUGGAAUGGCCGAAGUAUAGAGCUCAGCUCGACAAGAUUAUACAAGUAAAAUGUGGUAUGGGGGAGAUUUCAUUUCACAUGUCAUCUACAAAAGCUAAUUCUUUGGUUAGAGAGAUCGCGAGCAGUGUAACCAGGGACGGACGCUUAACUUCAUACUUAGCCUUAGGCGGGCCGGCGUGGCUGCAGGAACGACUUACCUUGGAUAGCCAUUGA